CCCCCACGGCUCCCCUGUCCCCCCUCAGGGCUCUCCUGUCCCCUCUGUCCCCCCUCAGGGCUCUCCUGUCCCCUCUGUCACCCCCUCAGGGCUCCCCUGUCCCCUCUGUCCCCCCUCAGGGCUCUCCUGUCCCCUCUGUCCCCCCUCAGGGCUCCCCUGUCCCCUCUGUCACCCCUCAGGGCUCCCCUGUCCCCUCUGUCCCCCCUCAAGGCUCCCCUGUCCCCUCUGUCACCCCCUCAGGGCUCCCCUGUCCCCUCUGUCAUCCCCCGUCCCUGGCCGUCCCUCUGUCCCCUCCGUCCGUGCCUCGUGUCCCCGCUGUCCCCGCAGGCGAUGGGGGAUGGAGCGGGGAGAGGAGGAGGAGGAGGAGGAGGAGGAGGAAGGACCCAGGAGUGAGGGUGACAGAGCCAAGGAUACGGACGGAGCCGAGGGUGGUGACGGAGCCGAGGGUGGUGACGAUGGCGACGAUGAUAAGGACGAUGAUGAGGAUGAAGAGCAGGCCGCAGCCCUGGCCGGGCGGUUCCUGGCCCUGGAGUUGGCUCUGUCCGAGCAGCUCCGGGCGCUGCCGCCCCCCGGCCCCCCCGUGGCCCUGCUCUACGCCCCCCUGGAGUACGCCUGGGACCCCCACAGCCGCUUCGUGCGCCGCUACCUGCGCACCCCAAAACCCGUUCUGUUCCUGGGCAUGAACCCCGGGCCCUUCGGGAUGGGGCAGACCGGGGUGCCGUUCGGCGAGGCGUGGCACGUGCGGGAGUGGCUGCGGGUGAGGGGCUCGGUGCUGAAGCCCCCCCAGGAGCACCCCAAGCGCCCGGUGCUGGGGCUGCGCUGCCCUCGGGCCGAGGUGAGCGGUGCCCGCUUCUGGGGGCUCAUCCGGAGCCUCUGCCCGGACCCCCGAGACUUUUUCCGCCACUGCUUCGUGCACAACCUCUGCCCCCUCCUCUUCCUCACCGAGUCCGGCCGCAACGUUCCCCUCCCGGAGCUGCGGCCGCCGGAGCGGGAGCGGCUGCUCCGGGCUUGCGGCGCCGCGCUGGUGGCCACCGUGCUGGCCCUGCGGGUGCGGCUGGUGGUGGCCCUGGGCAGGGUGGCCGAGGCUCGGGCUCGCCGCGAGCUGCAGGGAGCCGGGCUGGACGUGUCCGUGCGGGGGAUCCCGCACCCGUCCCCCCGAAACCCCCGAGCCAACCGCGGCUGGGAGGGAGAGGCCCGGGCGAGGCUGGAGGAGCUCGGGGUGCUGCGGCUGCUGGGGGGACGGGGCGGUGGGGAGCGGGAGGGGAUGGGGGGCACGGGGGCUGGGGGGGCUCUGAACUGGUCAGACCAGUUGGGGACUGGGGGGAAGGGGAUGGGUGGGAGCCUGGACCAGUCAGACCAGUUGGGGACUGGGGGGAAGGGGAUGGGUGGGAGCCUGGACCAGUCAGACCAGUUGGGGACUGGGGGGAAGGGGAUGGGUGGGAGCCUGGACCAGUCAGACCAGUUGGGGACUGGGGGGAAGGGGAUGGAUGAGGGCCUGGACUGGUCAGACCAGUUGGGGACUGGGGGGAAGGAGGGUUGGGGGUCCCUGUCCCAGUUUGAGACUGGGGGUAAGGAGUUUGGGGGCUCCCUGUCCCAGUUUGAGACUGGAGGGAAAGUGAUGGAUGGGAGCCUGGACCAGUCAGACCAGUUGGGGACUGGGGGGAAGGGGAUGGGUGGGGCUUUGAACCAGUUGGACCAGUUGGGGACUGGGGGGAAGGAGCCUGGGGGUCCUUGCCCCAGUUGGGGACUGGGGGAAGGUGAUGGAUGA